AUGGCACUCGUCGACCUUCUUGAUAACCUGCCGCGCCUUCCGCUGUCUGAUGAGCUUAUGAGAGCGGUGUUGUUUGUUAUGAAGGAGACUGGUGCUCGUGAAGUCCCUUCGCUUGAUACAUUGCGUAGACGCCAGAAGGAGAUGUCUGAAAUCGGUGUCCCGACAACUAGACAUGUCUCCGGUCAGGGGAAUGUUUUCUAUAUGAAUAAUCUAGCUGCAGGGCUUGCACAGGAUUUCUCGAAUCCUCUCAUUUGUCCUCACAUAAUCCGGUACCCUGAAGAUAAAGACGGUCAGGUUGCUGAAUCGUGGCAAGCGACGAAACUACUGUCGAGCUUAUCCGUCGACCAGCUAACUCCAAUGGUCAUACAUCGGGACCAGCAUUUCUAUGUUAACGAACUCACCAAAUGUCGUGAUGGAAGCUUCAUAAUUCCAUAUCGGUGGAUUGUACGAAAAGGAGUUAUGCAUGCUGAUUAUCAUAAAGUUCAUCGUCGACCUGUAAGCAAUGUGAAUCAUCUCUCAAUAAUUAAAUCAUUUCUCACUACCAUCGAGCAGGACGGACUGUACGAGAGAGAUCCUGCUAACACUACAUUCACCCAACCGAUAUCAAAUCUCCAUUCCCAGCAGGAAAUUCAACAGCGAAUGCCUCAUCCAAUCCGUGUCCGGGCCAAUGGGCUACCUUACUUCAAGAUUUGGAUCCGAUUGUGGGGAGACGAUGUGUCUGGGAAUCGAACACGCCAAUGGAAUAAGCACUGGAACUGGUACCUAGUAAAUGCUGGUCUUCCGAACCGCCUUCUUCAGCAAGAAUAUUUUGUGCGAUUUGUUUCAACUUCGCCCAGUGCUUCUAUCAUGGAGCAAGCAGCGGAGAUCUGCCGUGCAGUUCGGGCAUCUAAAGAGGGGUGGAUUGCGUAUGACUGCGAGCUGGGUACUGAGUGCAUGUUCGAAGUCGGUAUCCUCAAUCUUCCGGCAGACAAUCCCAUGCAGGCGGAACUUGCUUCGCAUGUGGGUUUACGUGGAAAUCAUUUCUGCCGUCGCUGUGAUGUUGGAGGGACCGGAAAGGAGAAGGAGACUGAUGCAGGGUAUGAUGCACUGUUUAAGAGCGGCGAAGUGCGGAAUCCUGAAAUCACAUUGAAGGAGGUUGAAAAGCAAUUAUUUUCGGGUAUCAUGGGCGCUGACCUUGAAGGCAUGCAUCGGGAGACUGGAGUCAAGGACUCGCUCUCACUUGAAUGGAUAAAAAAAGGGAGGCAGUAUCUCGUCGAGCUUUUACAAGCGAACCCUGAAUUGGACGAUGCGGCCAAGAGGGCGGCUGUCCGUUCAUGGCUCGAUAUGCAACAGGAUCUGGUCAAUCCAUUUUUCAACAUUGAAGGUCUGGACGUACACCGAGACACUCCAGUGGAGCUGCUUCACACGGUACUACUGGGAGUAAUCAAAUACAUCUGGACCCUUACCUGCACUCAGGUUAUUGCUAAAGGAAAGCUGACAGAGUUUCAAGCUCGACUUGCAUCUGCAAAUAUCCGAGGUCUGAAUAUCCCUCCAAUUCGAGCAUCAUACCUCAUGCAAUACCGUGGCGCUCUUAUUGGCCGCCAGUUCAAGCAGCUAGUUCAGAUUAUGGCUUUCGUAGUUCAAGACCUGGUCGAUGAGCAAGUCUUCAAAGUGUGGAAGGCUGCUGGGCGCAUGACAGCGAGCCUUUGGUUUCCUGAGAUCGAUGAUAUUGAUAGUUACUGCGACAACCUUGAAGUCGAGAUCGCCGAUUUUCUAGACAUACUGGCAGCUAUAGAUCCGGCAAAAAUCAUAGUGAAAUCGAAGUGUCAUAUUCUUCUUCACAUCGUAGACGAUAUUCGACGAUUUGGUCCCGCCAUUCUCUUCUCCACGGAAAUAUUCGAGUGCUACAAUGCAAUCUUUCGCUACUGCUCCAUUAUGAGCAAUCAUCGAGCACCUAGCCGCGACAUUGCAGUAUCAUUCAGCGGACUUGGGCGUGUCAAACACAUUCACAGCGGUGGUUGGUGGAAGUCAGAGAAUGGGCAUUGGACACGAGCAGGACCUGGUGUACGCCAGCUCUUCCUAAAGAACAAGGCUAUCCAAGAAUGGCUUGGAUGGAUGGAUCUAGGCCGAAUUAUACCAGGUGUAUCACAUAUCAUGUUUCUCAUGCCAGGGACCAUCCAUCUUGCACCUCUCAAGACUCGCUCUACUUCGUGGGUCGACACAGGUGCCAGAGAGGCAAUUCCUAUGUUCGCGGAGUGUCCAAACAUCCCCGCAUCAUGCUCCGUGAACAUUGGCUCGAGCAUCGUAUGUCGCUCUCGUGACAUUGCCAAACCUGGAGACUUUGUGGUGCCUGAUAAUCCGUCGCUAUCAUCUGGACGUCAAGCGAAUACACCUGCUACGCCUCGAGAGACUGGGCUGCUGGUCGUUCUUGAGCGUUUCACGGUUGGUGGCAGGCAUGCUGAGCUAGAUAUGCCCACUUUGCACCGACCAGUGGAACCUCAACCUAUCCUGGCAGCACCCGAGAACUUAUUGUUUACCUUUAACACCCAGCAUGACUGUCGACGGGAGAACUGCAUGGUUGACGCAACCGCUGGUCGUGAGAUGCAGGAACGCGAAGAGACCGAACGGGCAACAGCCAUGGUCAAGCAUUCCAGCGAUGAUCAUUUUGUUGUUAAUUUUGACGGCCUCCAUAACGCUCAUCUCCUUCGUCGGCUCUUCCCAGUUAAUCUGUCGAAAAGCGCCGAACCGUUGAUUCCAGACCAUGACGAGCACCAUCGCACACUGGCCGCAAGGCUCAGA